GGAGGGGAGGGGUGCAACCCCAGGAGCAGGGAGAGGCGCUGCCCCGCAAGAAGAGGGGGUGCCACCCCACGGCGGGAGGGACGCCGCCUUGCCGAAAGAAAAGGGGGUGCUGAUCCGCAGACGGGGAGGGAUGUUUUCCUGCAGGAGGAGGGACGCCGCCCCCCCCGCGCAGGGCUGGGCCGAGGUCCCGGACCCCCCGCCGCCCCCCCAGCUCCGCUCUCCGCGGAGGCUGCGCGCAGAUAAAAGAUGGAAGCCUCAGCCAUGCUUUGCAGCGAACCUCACAUAACCUCCGAGGGCAACAAGCAGAAAUCAAAGCUGAGACAAAACAGCGUCUGACCUUGUCACUGGGGGGCAGAGAACAGCCACUGGCUGCGGCUGGUUUUACUGGUGCUUCAAUCAAGCUCCCUGUGCUCUGUGGAAUUGCAGAUAGCUCAGAAAGUGCAAGUUCUUUCCAGGUCCAUGGGGUGAAUAAAAAUUGUUAACUCUUGGCUUGAUUUGUCAUCCUUUCGGGGAAAAAAAAAAAAAAAAAAAAAGGUAAUGUCAGACUGGCAAUUAAAUAGCCGUGCUCUUAGACCCAGCGCAACUUGAAGUGGGUUGUCCCAGAGGUGAGAGUGACUCUGGCCAGCAAAGCCAAGGAGAAACCUGUGCAACUUCACAUCUACCCGGGAUUCCUUGGAGAGGUGGUAAAGUGAGUAAUCAGACAAAGUGGGAGUUACAAAGCAGAUGCGAUAGCUUCAGCAGAACUUCUCUUCACUGCCACAUCCGCUCAUUAAAAAGCAACUAACAUUACUUUGAAAACAACUUGAGGAAAAAAUGCACUUUGAGCAUCUCUGCAGUCCUUGUGUCUGAUGCAUUAAUCAAGAAAAUCGAUGAUGUAACACAAACGAGGGAGAGGAGUGAAUGUGGUGAAGGCAGCUAAGGAAAUUAAAAUGGAGAACCCAAGAGAGGUAGAGACUCACAGUGCGGGGGCGACGUGCUCCCCAUUGGAGGAGCAGGCAGAAAAACCCUCCAUGCUCUGUUUUAAGAAGCGGAAGAAGUCCUGUAAGAAGGGUCUGACCGUGAAGGAUGCAUGCGAAGGAGCCUCCGAGGAGAAAAGCCAAUGUGUCAGUGCUGACCAAGGGGAGGCAAAAGUUUCUAAUCAAUCGCGAUCUUCCAAAGGAGCCUGGGCAGCCAUCAAAAGCCUCGCAAGACCUCGGGGAAGGCAGAAAUCCUCCUCAAGGAAGAAGGUGCCCUCUGAUUCCCAAGUGCAGCUGGAGGUGGAUGCUGAGGAGGGCUGUGCACAAGGCUUCCCAAAGAAACGGGCGAGCUCCGGGGUGAAGAUGCCCUGUGUACGGUUCUCCAGAGCCAAGAAAAAACCCAGCCCCUCUGAAGCAGUGGAGGAGUCGGUGGGGAGUGUUCAAGCAAACGAAGUGAUGGGCGUUUUGAAUAAAGCUAGUGAAGAGCCAGAGGAUUUAGCCCCAACAGACAAGUCUGAAUCCUUCAGCCCGGUCUCUGCGGGUGAGGACCAGGAUACGGCGAAGGAAAGUGCCAUUUCUGUUGGGAAGAGUGAGCCCUUGACAGAGCCCACACCUGGCGCGGAGGAACAUACGGAGUGCACCGCUCAGUUGGAGAUAACUGAUUCAGAGACAGUGAACGAAACAGCCCAGGAAAAACUGCAGGAAGGGAGCCGGCCCCAAACCCCUGCCCACGUGGAAGGAGGGGAAGUUGCUCCCGAAGCGCCUGUUUCUGAGGAUCAACCCGACAGCGCCCCUGAAACCACCGAGCUGCAGGAAAUCCCUAAUGUCUGCAAAGAGCUGCCUGAAGGGGAUGAAUCAGAAAAGAGCGUGAAUCUUCCAGAGGAGUGCACAGUCGAAGAGACUGUAACGGGUUUCGGUCAGUCGGCAUUUAAAGAGGAUGCAGCGAGCGUGCAGGGCUGCUCCGGCCAUCAGGUGACGUUAGAAGCAAACACAGGCGCCGGCGUCGGCAUCGUCAUCACUGUCACCGAAGCUGAGGACUCUGACAACACCGACUCCGACCAGGCCUACGAGCCGUCCCCAGUUUUGCACCGAAAUAAGCAAAAAGGGAAUAAAAAAUCAAGCGGGAGCUUCGAUUUUGGUAAAAAAGAGGGCCCUGAGGCUGGUGGUGGUCCUCAGGCGGAGGAGAAAGGUCCGGGCGACCAGGGGCACAGAACUGGGGAGCAGUACGAGUUGCUCCUCAUAGAAACCGCGUCUUCCCUUGUGAAGGCGGCCAUUCAGUCGUCCAUAGAGCAGCUGGUCAACGAAAUGGCCCUGGAACAGAAUAAACACAACAGUUUUCUGUGAUGGCAGCGAUGCCCCCAGAAUAAAGAUUACAGGGAGUGAUUUUAAGCUCCAUUUGGCCUGGGGGGUUGUGCGGAGAGCUCGAAACGCUCCCGGGGCCGAGGUGUAGUUAAUUCUGCAUGCCCGUUCAGUUGUGUGUCUAUGUGAAACAGAUCCUGGGACGUGGGGCAGGCCCUGCUACGUACAGCGUGUCCCCUGGGGCUGGGGCUUCGGACAGUGCCACUGACGGCAGCUGCGGAAAAAUGAAGGUGUUGCAGCGACUGUUUUUUCAUCUAUUGGCAUCUUUAUGUCAAGGCCACGUUCCUGCUGUCAUCCGUGCCAGGUUUGCCCCCCGUUCCUGCUGCAGAUCUUGUACGUACCGCGCGUUUAGCGGAAGGUCGCAAGAGGCGGCGAGCGGCCGACCCGCUGCUGGGCUGGAUUCGGGGCACGUGGGAUGCGGCUGGAGGUUUGCCCUGGGGUUCGGCGGAGAUGAGGGAGGGUGAAGUGACUGCAGUGUUAACACGAAGGUGUCAGUGCCAGGCAGGCUCCGGCUGGUGUUCAGUAUUGCAAACAGGUACCUGCUGCGCGCAGGUGCCAGGAACCGUGUUCACCCCUGCUGUCCUGUCGCGUGAAGCCGGACGGUUGCAGCGAGCCGUUUUUUUUUUUUUUUUUUUGUUCAGCCUCUUCUGCUGUCACAGGCAGCCUGUGCGCUUCCAGCCACGGCAUCAGCCGCUCGCCUUGCUGACCCCGGGCUGCACAAAUGCCAACAAAACGACAGCACUUCAUUUGCGGAGAGGGGAAGGAGGAGCAGGGGGGGCCUUCUCACACCAUUGAGCUCAACGGGCAAAAUUCCCAGUGGCAUGGGUGGCACGGGCUGGGCAGGAGCGUGCCUGCUGCGGGCAGCCCCUCUCCUUCCUUCGCCUUCCUCUGUCCCAGUCGCGACGUCGUGGUGAAGCCGUCCUCGGAUGCAAGCGUAUUUUUUUAUAUAUGGCAUGCGAUAUAAAUAGCAGUGAGCUGCAUGCGUGUUAGCAGUCAACUAUUGCCUCGGUGUUGACAUAGUCUGGGGAGCUGCGAUGUGCUGCGGGUGCUGGAAUUGCUCGGAUUUGGUGUGAGAGCUGCUGGCGACCCGGGGGGGCUGGCGGCAGCCUGUCCCGCUCAGCUCCCCCCUCGCUGCAAAGCCUGCCUGGCUUCAGCGAGCCCGCGCAUCCCUGGGGAAAUGUGCAUUACGCCUGGCUCGCUGCUGCCAGGCUCUGCCUGGCUCCAGCACGCCACGUAGCUUGCUCUGAAACAUGCAGGGAAAUGCCGGGGUGAUCAAAAUCCUCAGGGAAAAAAUCGAGACAGGAGGGACCCAGGGACGUGGCUGUAAAACUCCCGGACAGACCAAUCGCCGUCAAAACCUACAGCCUGCCCUGCUCCAAGGGGGUUUGCACCAGCGUAGCGUGUGUGUACGAGCAUCGCCUCUAACUACCAGCCCUCCAAGAGAAAGGGGCCUUUUAAUCAUCUGGGAUUGCAUCUGCGUGGCUGGGAUUUACGUACAGCUGCGGGCAAGUCAGCCUGUUCUUCUGAGAAAAUUCUCCUGCGUGUUUCUCAGCCGCUACAGAAAUAGCAGCCUCGCCUGGCAGUUGCUCACUGACCAUAGGCAGUGUACUGGGAUUUCCCUUCCCAGUGUAGGGUUUGGAUCCCUGUUAAAAUACAAGGGCUGUAAACUUUCCUAGUACCUGGUGCGCCACCACAUUUUAAACUCUGAUAACAGUUUAAACGUCUCUGUUGUUACAAGAGGACAGUGAACGCCACCACAGCUUGUUUCUGUGCAAGUGAAACUUAAGAAAAAACAGAGAAUGUUAAAAAAAGUGUCUUCUUUUUCUGUGAACUUAUUUAAUAAGUUAUCAGAUAUUGAUAAUUCAAUGUAUACAAUUUUAAUGGCUUUGUACUUCAUACUGGUCCUGCUAGGUAUUUUGCCAUAGUUUUGAAAGGGACUUUUUAAAGACUUUUGUAUGUACCUUUGGAGCUGCUGCAGCACCCCGAGAAGAGCCGUACCGAUGCUGGAGGUUGCCUAUGGGAUUACAGCAGGCACCACGGCAGGUCGGUUGUUUAUGGGAUUACAGCUGCACCACGCAGCAUCUUUGUGGGGCUGCGCUGGUGCCGGCUGCGGAGGAGGAUGUCCAGGCUUUAGUAAAGAAAGACAAAGUGACCCCACAAGGCCAGGCUGUCAUCUUCUGUCAGCCCACUAAGCAGUUUCAGGAGGAUUUUCUGUGUUUCUGUGUGGCCUUUUAGGCGAAUCACAUCUUCAAAAGAGGAGGAGAAUGGCAGAAAUGCUUUGGUCCAGCCUGCCUGUCCCCUGCGACUGUUGCUCCACGUCCAGGGUUGUGUUUGCAUCCUUUCUGUAGCUGGUUUUUCACUCUGUUGUAGCUGUACAGAUAACUGACAAUUAUUUCAUUAAAGUUGAAUGUAACCGUU